UUUGAAAUUGAUCGAAUGCAGCAAUUCUUUUGAGAGAAAUCUUUUGCUCCCUCAAAAACUUUGAAUAAGGAGAAAAAUGCUCGAACAUUGGCGCUUAUAAUUUUGACAAAUUCAGAGUAAUUAAGUGAUGACAUCUCGAAGCGUGCGGAAGGUAACGGAGAGCGUAGAGCAGUCAGAAGGAGAGGGAGAUGGAACCACCAUCAAGCGGUGCCUCGGGGACGAUGUGUCUGACAUUGUUGACCCAUUUCUUAUGUUGGACGAGUUUACGGUAAAUCCCCCCACUGGUUUCCCUGACCAUCCUCACAGAGGCUUUGAACUGGUUUCCUAUAUUUUAAAAGGCACUGGUCAGCAUGAGGAUUUUUUAGGAAAUAAAGGAAAGCUAAAGACUGGGGAUGUUCAGUGGCUGACUGCUGGACGUGGAAUUGUACACUGUGAGUGGUCUUAUGGCGAGGAAAAAGCUCAUGGGCUACAGCUGUGGAUUAAUCUUGCCAAAGAACAGAAAAUGCAGGAACCAUCAUGUCAAGAGAUGCUUGCAGAUGAUAUCCCAAGGGCAUCCAAAGAAGGCAUAGAGGUCAAGGUCAUUGCUGGAGAGGCAUUUGGUGUCAAGUCCAAGAUUAGGACCAGGACUCCAACUCUUUAUUUACAUUUUACAAUGAAUGAAGGCACUAAAUUAAGUCAGCCAAUUCCCAAAGGCUGGAAUGCAUUUAUUCAUGUCCUCUCUGGCAAGGCAUUAUUUGGUCCAGAGAGCAAAGAAAAACUAGUAAAUCCAACCCAGACUGCCAUCUUAAAUGCUGAAGGAGACUGUGUGAUAGCUCAAAACCAGUGGUCUGAUCCGUGCAGUUUUAUUCUCCUGGCAGGUCAACCAUUAAAUGAACCUGUGGCUCAACAAGGUCCAUUUGUGAUGAACACAGAGGAGGAACUUCACCAGGCCUUGGAGGAUUAUAAAUCAUGCAUCAAUGGAUUUGAGCAGGCACGUUCCUGGCAGUCCAGUUUCCUACAAAGCAACAGCUGAUCUCAUUAAUUUCUAGUCCCAAAAGUUUUUAUUUUUAUGAAGAAUGCAAGAUGAUUAUGUAUAAUAUUAUACAUUUUGUUUUUAUUUUAUGCAACUAUUGAUUUUUACAUUCCACUUAUAUAUACAAGACACUGCAGAAAGGAAUAAUACUAAGUAAUUGACAAGAUUGAAUUCCUGGUAGCGGUAAUUCUGCUAUUCUUUCUGAUCAUCUCAACAUUACAAUUUCUCGCUACUUGCCAUCAGUAUGUAAUGUUGGCCAGAAUUUACUCUCUAUGGGGAACAACUGUAGUAGCCCUGGAUGUGAUAUUUUUAGCAACAUUGUUAUUGGAAAGAGGCAUAAAAUUGUAAAAUUGCAGUAUGGUCUAAAAAAAAAAGUUGCAAUGUAGAUGAAAAAUAUUAGUUCCCUGCAAAGUAUCGUCUAUAAUGAUAUUUUCAUAAAUCCUUUAUGCUGUAUAUAUUUUUUUCUGUGCCAAUAAUGUUCUCUAAGAAUUAAAACUAAAGAUGUUAUUCAGGUGUUUUAAAAUACUCUAUAAUACAACCGAAAAAGCAUUUUUUAUCAAAUGUUUAUGAACUAUGUGUAAUCUUUAAAUAGUACUUUUAACCUGUAUGUUGUGUUGUUAGAAGUCACAUAUACAUCCCACAUUAUCAGGGAAGGGUGUUUUUUUUUUUUUUACUUAUGUCUAAAUAUUCAAAAUCAGAAGAUGGAGAAUGAUAAACCUGUAUACUUAUCAGAACUCAGGAUUGUAGUUAUUUGAUUAAAUUAUUAAGUGAUGUCAAGUGGAAACCAUGUUUCUAGGAAAUUUCCUAUACAUGUUACAGCUUUAUCUCCCUUUAAUUGCAGUUCUGUUUUGAUAAUAGCGGACGAGGAGUUGUAUUUUAAAAGUGAUGAUAUUUAUUUUCUUUUUCAAAAUCAUUUGUUUUGUUUUUUUCAUUGUGGUACAAACAUGUACAUGCCCCUUAGUUCAUAGUGGAAAGAUUUUAUAUUGAUUAAAAAUAACCAGCAAAGCUUGGGGAUGUUAAGUAAUCGCAGCAUGAUUCUCUGUCUAAAAAGCUGAAAACAAAACUGCUGUGAAAAUGAACACUUUAUACAGUUACACAAAGUCAGUAGUAUUAAAUAUACAUUCUUUAUUUUAAAACUAUAUGUUUCCUCAGUUUAAAAGACUGCUGACAGAAAUAUAAUCACAAUAGAUAGCUUCAAUUAUUCUAAGCUUCUGGAUUUUUUUUUGGGAGAGAGAGAGAGAGAGGGUAGGGUUGCAUCCCUUGAUAAUGCUCACUUUAUCACUUUUCAUUGUUUUUAUUCUCGCAGGAAAAUUUGAUGAUUUGGUGCUGUCACAAUGCACAGUUAUAGUGCACAAGUUCAUCUCUUUUUAUUAUAUACAUCUGUGUUCAUACCUGUUUAGUAUUUUCAAAAAGCAGAUUUAUUGGAAUCUUUUAGAUAUGUAAAAAUUAAAUUUUGUAUUUUUUUCUUAUACAAUUUGUCAAAUAAAUACAAAUUAUUUGCUUUUUUUUUACUCGUUGAAAUUUUGUUAAAUGUGUCCAAUAUUUUGUUCAAAUAAGGGUGUUUAUUAUCUAGUAUGCAAGUUUACCAGUCAGACACAGUUAUAAACAUUGAACUAGGAAAGUUAAUUACCUGGAAAUUCUUAUAUAUAAGAAAUCUUUAUAAUUCUCUUAUCUUUCACAAUUAAUUCUUCUAAAUUGUCAUUGCAAAUUGAGAUUUGAUUCAGAAAUUUUGUUGUAGGCUAUAAAUUGACAUAAUUGUAUGUUUUAAUAAUUCUUUGAUCAAUUAAAAGAUAGAUGCGUGGUUGAAAACAUGAUACAUUUAAUAACUUCAGCACAUAUUGCCCUUGAUGUGGUUAUUUAAAGUAAUGACCAACCAGGAAAAACAUUAUUUUGAAUGAUGUUUUUUUUUUUCAGUGUGUUUUGUAUGAGACAUUUUAGACUUUGUGUGUUAGCUAGUUUAAAGAUCAAUGUUUCUUGUUAUUAAUAGUUAUAUUUCCCCUACUUUUAUACACUGCUUAUUGUUUUCCUUUGUUAUGUUCACCUUUAUUAGUUCUCUCAGAGCAUUCUGUUGUUUGAAGAUGAAAGUUUGAAAUCAAUAAAGUUAUGAUUAAAAUAA